UGCAGCGUAGAAGAAGACGCUUUCGUCCAAUCACACGCGACUGGCGCUAACCGGAAAAGGUCCAAUUUUACAUUUAGUUUCACAUAAGCGUUUGGAAAACUGCUGAAAGGAUGUCCUGUAACACUAGUGUUACUCGUGUUAAUGUGUCAUCUGUGGGCCAGGCACAGCGAGCUCCAGUCCACCUCCUGCCCUGUGAGAUUGAACACAACGGGCCGGCCCAGGUCUCACAAUACCUCACUGCUACCACGAAAGACUGCAAACUAGAGAAGACAGUGUCAUUCAGAGGGCGUGGGUUGAAGGGGCAGGAGCUCAGCUGUCCACAGGGCUACACCGGCUUGGUGCUGAAAGAGAUCAACAAGCCUGGUUCUGACCAAGAGGACAGGACAGUGAAGGUAUCCUCAGUGUUUGACAAGCUGACCUACUGGAACCUGGAGACGCCUCCGAAUUCUGACGAUACAGUCGUGAUGGCGAUGGAUUGGCCAGAGUUGGCUGAGGCAAUCCACGGGCCAGUGGAAGACUGAAGAUAGGGGCCAAAACUUCUGCUCAGAGGGGGCAGGUUGGUGUCACCUCAACGUGUUAGGAAUAAAAUAUAUACAGUUUGCUGGUUACUGGCUAUAGCAAGCGAAAGAAAUGCUAACAAGUUUAGUGUUACUAUUGCAGAGUAAUAAGUUACAGAUGUAAUGUUUAUAUUUUUUAUGAUAAGUUCUUUAGUAGUAAAUUGAAAUAAAAAGAUAAUGUUGACUGAA